UGGCGUCUGGCGGGAGAAGAUCUGAGUAAUGAAGAAAUAAAUUUUAAAAGAUAAGAAAAAAGUUAUAGUACCUUUACUUAAGUGGUUGUGCUCUGUUGCUUCCAUUUAAAUCAGCUAAGUGAGUGAUCAGAAAGGAAGGUUUGAAAAGAGUGGAGGGGUGUUUUAUUUGAAGAGCACCUGACAAUGGCUGAGCCAUGUGCUAGUGAAUCAAGUGCUGGAACAGAAAGUGAUCAGGAUUUUGAUCCAACUGCUGAAAUGCUUGUGGAUGACUUUGAUGAUGAAAAGACUUUAGACGAAGAAGAACUCCUAGAAGAAGAGGAGGGAGUAACUGGAGAGUUAGAUGAUCUUCAGAAGGAAGGAAAUAUGCCUUUAGACGAGCUUCUUGCCAUCUAUGGUUGUUGCAAUCAGCAGAGUGUUGGAAAUAUUCAGCAUGUUCCUGUGGAGUUGCAUGAAGAAGAUUUCAAUAACAGUACCUCUAAAGAAGCUGUAGAAAGGGAUGAAACAGAUGAUGGCAGUAGAGGAAAUGAUCUUUAUGAACCAGGGGAGCACUCUAAUUCUACGCACGUGCUACGAUCUGGAUCUCAAGCAAGCAUGACUUCAGAAUCUGAUUCUGAUGAUGAUUGCUCAGUUGGAGAGGAUUGGAGGAAAACUAUUCAGGUAGGAUCAGACUUCCAGGCAGUUGUUCCUCAAGGGCUUUGUAAAUAUGAUGAUGCACCAGCAUAUGAAAAUGAAGAUAGACUGUUAUGGGAUCCAACAAAACUUUCAGACAAAGAAGUUGAACUAUAUCUGCAACAAGCUCAGUUCUCUCAUUCUAAUAUACAAGGUGUUCAAGCUAUUCCUGUAGGAAGUCAUAUUCGUGAUGAUGAACAGGCAUUGUAUUUGUUACUACAAUGUGGGCAUAAUGUAGAAGAGGCUUUGCGUAGAAGACGAAUGCAGCCAUCUCAAGUAAUUGGUUGGUAGUGUUUUUAUAACAGACUGAAAUAUUUGUCUUCCUUAAAUGUUUGUUUGUAUACAUGUGUCAAAAAGUUAAUUUUAUAAU